GCCGGCACCUAUGCUAUGGCUCCUCUAUUGCGCACUGUGGUUUGCCAGCCGUGCCCAGCGAUCGUGCAGCUUGAGCCAGUGGCAACCCGACGCGUUUCGCAGUCCGGCCGAGCUCGUGCGCAGCAAGGGUUAUCCGGCCGAGGAGCACGUGACUGUCACAGAGGAUGGCUACGUGCUCAGCCUGCAGCGUGUUCCGAGAGGUGCAAGACAACUGCCCGGCGCGGUCACGGGGCCACCGGUCCUCCUCGUCCACGGGUUGCUGUCUUCGGCUGCUGAGUGGGUCAUCAAUUACCCGCACCAGAGCCUCGGAUUCCUGCUUGCCGACGCCGGCUACGAUGUGUGGCUGGGAAACUGCCGCGGUACGCCUUACUCGAGGGGCCACCGAGAGUACAGUGAUAGUGACGGCCGCUACUGGGACUUCCGUCUGGAUGAAGUGGGGCUGGUGGACCUGCCCGCCCUGGUCGAUUACGUGCUGGCACGAACGGGAUGGCCGCAGCUCAUCUUGGUGGGAUUCUCCCAGGGGAACACGGCCGCAUGGGUGAUGUUGGCUGACAAGCCGCAGUACAACAACAAAAUACUGUUGCUCGUCGCCCUUGCGCCCGUUGCAAACAUGACAUUUAUCCGAAGCCCCGUGCGCCUUCUAGUCCCCAUCUCUCCCAUUCUCACGGCAUCGGCCAUCGUUGCCAACCGGGGUCGGCUGCUCGUGCGGCCAGAGUGGUUCCGCCGCGCUGCUUACGCCCUGUGCGAGUCACCACUGCGUUACGCUUGUGCGCUGCCCACGUUCUUCCUCUUCGGCGUUAACUUCAACCAAGUCAACCAGUCACGGUUGGCAGUCUACACUAGUCAUCUGCCCUCGGGUGCUUCCAAGAGGAACGUCGAACAGUACGCUCAGAUCAUUCGAGCCAGGAACUUUGUCAAGUACAACUACGGGCCGCUGAGGAACUUGGACCUGUAUGGCACGGUGGAGAGCCCAGCCUACGACUUCUCGAAGAUUACAGCGCCAGUGGCCCUCUUUAGUGCUCGGAAUGACUUCUUCGCCAACCCUGAGGAUGUUUCCACGCUUCGACGAAGCCUGCCGAAUGUCGUGUUCGACUACAUUGUUCCAGAUCCGGACUUCACGCACUUGGACUUUGUUUUAGGCACCGAGGCAGCGGCAUUCGUGUACAGGCCACUCAUUGACUUCAUGAAUAAUUGGGUGCUCUUUAAUGGGCCGUAAUUAGAGUCGCACACGAAGUGAAGCGUGGGAGGAGCUUUUUUAUGCAGCACAUAAAGUAGCUCACACAAGCUUCACGAUAUAGGGAUGUCAACUUAAUUCAACAUUAGGACGGGAACCCAUAAAUUGAACAGCUAUAUCGAGUGGUAGUAGUAAUAUAUUUUUUUAUUGGAAUAGGCUUCCUAAAAAUAGUCAGCGACAGGAUGGUGCUGUUGAAUUUUUUAGGCUGAUUUCUCGAAGACGUGAAAAUUGUUUUGACGAAAAAUUGAGAUUUUCAACUGUCUAUUCAAGCCAACAUUCAAGUCAUUUUUAACUUUUACUGCCAAUGCAUUAUGUACCCCAUUACCCGGAAAUCCGUCGGCGUUGGCGUGACCCAAGAAUGGUACUAAAUAUGGCCGACGGCGCGAUGAGAGAAAGCACGUCAAAAAGGGUCAGAUUGACAUCGCAUUUCUCAGGGAGGUUCCUCUAAACAAACUACAAUAUUGGCUUUGAAAAAGAAAUGUGGUACACUUACUCCUUUAUGUGAACAUAGGCCUGCGGUGGGCGAGACUUGCACGCGCUUCCCCGAGGCCACGGCGGCUCCAUGGUUCCGACUGGCUUUGUGUGUAGUGCGUGCGCUCAAGAGCGCGUUCACACGUGCAAUGAGCGUGUUCAUGAUGUUCCCAUAUCUAUAAACGGUGUGAUGCUUUCGCAUUCCCACGCAUAAGCAGUCACAAUUGUCUUUGCCGAAUUUUUUAGAUGAUAGAUGCGUGUUCUAGUAGUAAAGGUGACGGCGAAAAAUUCUCAAGUAAUGCCUGUUUAGCCAAAGUCUCAUGACUAGCCGUACUUUGGAUAUUGCCGCACUUAAAAUGUGCUGGCGUUUCAGUUAGACUGGUGUUGCAGUUACACUGGCGUCCCGGUUACAGUAUCACAAAAGAAAAGCGUCUCGCUAACAUUUUGUGAUGGCCUUAACUGCAACGAAAACGCAUUGCAACAUAUUUAGGGGACGGACAUCUCAACGUUUCUUUUCAGCAGACGUGGUUUCACUACUCUUACGCUUAACUUUCGAAUUUCAGCUUCUGGGAAAUUUAAUAACUCGACAUUUGGUUAAUAGAUUGCGUAAUUUAGCCAACUAGACAAUGCAACUUGUCGUGCUGCUCCAUUUCUGUUUAAAAAUAUAUGGAUUCCUAGAUAGAGAGGAAAGAAAUAAUUUGGUAUACACCAUAUUGUCGAGGGUGCCUUCAUUAUGAUGACGACUUAUUUUCAUUCCCUUCGAAACGGGGUGGUGAAAAAUAGUCACCUAAUGUCACUCAGAUAUGCUGUUACAUGCUUUUCAUUCUGGAAUUUUUCUAUACGUUUCUUCACUCUUUCUUCCUGAAAAGUUAUCUACUUGCCUUGUACCGCUACCUAUGCAUGUAACGGAUCCGGUCGUAUCAAUACCUUGGCGUAUCAGUGGUAUAAAUAUCUUGUUGUAAGUUAGAUAUACAUUCCACUGCAGUCGCUGGCCAUUUUCGUGCUGACACGACUGCAUAUGCCGUGUCGCUGCCAACGUGAAAAAAGAUUGUGCGAGGCGUAGUGAACUAAUGUGGCUCGACAUGACCGAUUGUUUCGCUGCCGUUGCUGCAGACAGACCACCGAAUGUGUGACUUGCGCGCGUGUUUGAACCUUCCACUUACCUCGGAAAACUGUUGCUUGUGCACAAAGAUUCGAUUCACCAAAUGGACCCUUUCAUGAUAUACUUCCUGUAGUUUAACUAAGGCUUUGAAUUAGCCGCAAUGAGUCGUUGAAGAAACAUACGUGACGAUUGUACAGUGUUCGUGCCGUUUUGGUCUUUACUUCGACAAGUGUUCGAACUCAUUUGUAAAUACAUUGCUUGACUAGUUCAAUAAUUAAGUGCUGUUCUUCUUGCCAAAUAAAAUAUUUUUGAUCAG